GCAAUCUUUUCAUCAUACACCUGCGCCACCACGGGAGACCUCUCUCUUAUUUUACCCCGGGACGUUGGAUUCAUUUAUUUACUAUCUUCGCAUCGUUAUAUCCUAUCCUUCCGACUUGUUCCAUCAGAUCAUACCAGGUUUCCAGGGCCUUCAAUAUUUGCCCUAACCUUAUAAUCCAGAUUGCGAUUGCCCUAUCAGCGACAUAGCUACCUGCCCGCCAUAAUCGCCCCUCCGACCCCUCUCCAUCGAAGAUGACGUUUCGCUAUGAAGAUGGUAUCGCGUUGUUGCAGCUCAUCGCCUUCGUGCCCUGCCUCUUCCUCGCCCUUCUUUUGUGUUAUCAGCAAGGAAUGAAGGCCGUGGCAUCGUGUUGGCGAUUCCUCAUUAUCCUCGCCUGUCUUCGAAUCGCCGGCGCUAUAUGCCAGCUCAUCAGCAUCACUGACGACUCGAUCGAUGUGAUCACCACAAAGAUCACAUGCGAUUUGUUGGGUAUCGCGCCGCUAACCCUGGCUGCCGUGGGUUUGCUGCAAAGAGUUAACGCCUCGAUCAACAAGCUCUCCAAAUGGAUCUUCAUUUUUGUCAGCAUCGUCAGCUUGGUCGGACUGGCCCUUGGUAUUGCCGGUGCUAUCAAGGCCCUCGACACCUACACCAUUCCCGCUAUGCUCCAAGCCGCACUGGGCAUGUUCGUCGGUUGCUUGGGUCUCCUACUGGCCAUUAUGGCAUACCUGACCAUCUACCGCAACGAGAUGCCUCGCAACGAGAGGAUCAUCCUGUACUCAGUGUACGCCUGUGCGCCACUGCUUAUUGUGCGCACCAUAUACGGCUGCUUGGGUGAUUACACGAAUAUCGAGAAGUUCAACCUGUUCGAGCCCAACCCCACGGUCAAUCUAUGCAUGGGCGUCCUCGAGGAAAUUUUCCUUAUGAUUAUUUGCCUCGCUGUCGGCUUUUACUGCCCCCCGCCCAAGGAGCCUGAACCUGAAGAGGCUGCCCGCACAAGGAAUUCGGACGAGACCACCAUUGUAGAGAAACGCUCCUCUGAACCCAACGAUGCCCGCCCUGACACCAUGAACAAGGAGAAACUGGCUGAGGAGGGACGCAUGGGAACCCCGGUUGCCGAGGCUGCGUAAGGUCUGGCUGUCACUUCACACGUUAUAGAGUUCCUAUAGCCUUGCUCUGUCGCGGGAGGCGACUUUCGUUGCAAUGAUGAACUUUGGGAUUGGCCCCUGCUGCAAGUCCAGAGAUCUGGCGAUUCUUUUUUUUUUUUUUUU